AUGAGAUUUUCAAAAAAAAGUAUGAAGUUGGCUAAUAGUGUGGAUGGCUUUUUAAUGUUUGACUAUUCAAAAAGCCUUACAUUUAUAAACCAUUAUAAAAAUUUAUUAAAUAUCGAUGUGGAAAGUUUAAAGGCAGAAAUGAUGGUUGCAAAAAAUCUUAAAAAACAAUCUACCGAUGAUAAAAUAAUGGCACUUGCAGGAAUAGCUGRAAUUGUAUCAACUAACACUUUUCCAAACUUAUAUAAAUUGUUGAACAUAGCUUAUACAAUUCAUAUUAGUAGUGCUACAUGUGAAAGAGCGUUCUCUGCUAUGCGGCAGGUCGAAGGAAGAAAACACGUCUACAAACACAACUUUGGAAAAUUCGAAGAAAAAAGAGCAUUACGCAAAGCUGCCCGAGGAAAAUGGAAAAACUUAAAAGACCAUUUUCGUAAAGAGUACAAAAGAUGUAUGACUAACAUGGAAAGUGACCAAGAAAUGUCUAGAUGGCCAUAUUUCCAUUCAAUGAUGUUUAUCAAAGAUCAGAUCUCGCACACCGCCACAAAUUCAGUAUACCUGACGGACUUACAAUAUCAAAACAUAUAUCCAGAAGUAGAAUUGAAAGAAGAAUUGUUGGAUGACACAAAUCCCUUGAACUGUCUUAACAUUGAGUAUGACAAUCAAAAUUUAGUUGAAGUGAAAUCAGAUUAUUCGAAUCAAGACGAAAAUAUUUCUGACGACAAACAUUUUUUAUUGAGUCUUUUACCAAUGUUAUCCGCACUUCCGAUGGAUAAGAAACUCACAGCUCGGAUAGCCAUCGAAACGUCGUUGCUCAACAUUGCUUACCCAGAUCUGAAUACAGUGGACAAUUUACACACUGAACAAAAGGGUACUAUUCGAAAAAAUUCAACCAAGACUGAAAAAAGAAAAAGAAUAACUGAGGAUGAGUGCCAUCCCAAAAAGCGUUCGGUAAACGUCAAAACAAUUUGUUGAUAUUCAUUAAGUACCUAUAUUUUAUUGUAAAUAAAAAUUAUAUUAUAUGAUUUUCUUUUAUUAUAUAUAUAUAUAUAUGAAUUUUUUUUUGUUAAGUAUUUGGACCAUAAUUUAAACAAGUGACAGUUUUUGUUCAUUUAAUUUUAUAUAAAUAUUUUAACAACGGAAAUUGUAUGAUUUGAGUAUAAUAUAUUGACAAUAAUGAAACCGAUGGGUUAAUUACCUAUAUAUAUAUAUAUAUAUAUACGCACUAAAAAUUAAAAUCAUAGAGCGGAACACCUUUUGGUCGACAUAAACGUGCUUCUCUAUAAAACAAAUGAUUAUUAUGAUCGUGCUAGUUCCUCAUUGUAUUGGUUAUAAAUAGUUUAUGAUGUUAAAUAUAAUUUAUUAUAUGACGUAUAUUGAUUAUUUUUUAUAUGUAUCAAGGUAUGUACUGAAUUUGGUAGAAAUAACUAAAAAAUUAUACCUACCCUAA